GACAUAUUCGGAGCCGGCAGCGAGACGGCGGCUACGACGCUGGGCUGGGCGUUUGCAGAGCUGAUCAGGAACCCAAUGGUGAUGCAGAAGGCGACGGCUGAGGUCCGACAAACCUUUGAGGCUCGCGGCACCAUAGCGGAGGAGGCCCUCAACGAACUCUCGUACCUACACCUAGUCAUCCGGGAAACUUUGCGGCUGCACACGCCCUUGCCGCUGCUCAUCCCUCGAGAGUGCCGGGAGUCAUGCCAGGUGCUCGGGUACGACGUGCCGCGGGGUACACAGGUGCUGGUCAAUGCCUGGGCGCUCGCCCGUGACGAGCGCUAUUGGCCCGACGCGCCGGACGUGUUCCGGCCCGAGAGGUUCGAGGGCGAGGCGGCUGGGGCGGACUUCAGGGGCACCGACUUCUCCUUCUUGCCAUUUGGCGCCGGCCGGAGAAUGUGCCCCGGGAUAGAGUUUGGCCUCGCCAACGUCGAGCUCGCGCUCGCAAGCCUGCUAUUCCACUUUGACUGGGAGGGUACACCACCUGGGGAGUUGGACAUGGCCGAGGUGUUUGGCAUCACUGUGCGGCGGAAGGCCGGCCUCCUGGUGCGCCCCGUUCUCCGGGUGCCCGUUCCCCGAGUCUUGUCAGACGGCAACGGAGAUCGUUAACGUGUGUUAUGAUAAGUGAUCGGUUCGACAGGGUGAGAGUCCAUUGCGCCUGCAUGCAUGCAUGCGCUUGAACAAAUGUCAACAGAAUAAAACCGUCUAUUAAUUCACAUAAAAUCCUUGCAAAUUUUCUCGUGCGUGUUGGCCCUGCUUGUAGACUUGGUCAAACUUGUGAGCAAUCUUGGGCUGAUGCAUAUCAACUGAGAUCUAUCUGUGGAUGUUUUUUUCUUUUUGCAAGGAGAUCUUUUUCUGGAUGUACAUUAUCUGAAUU